CCGAGCGUAACGAAACGAAAAUUGGUAGCCAAGUGGCAAUGUUUUUCUAUUCUAUUAGACGAAACGUGACGAAACGUUAAGUCAUACGACAGGCGCCAUACAAAUGCUUAGCCAAGUGGCACUUUUGACAGGAGACUACGCCAAUGGGCGUUCGAUAACUAGCGUACGCUAACAUCUUGUAGAAAUCGAAACAAAAUGGCGAUUUUAUAAUCAGCUGUCGAAGUUUCGUGUUGUGUUUAGUGAUUAUAAAAUUUUAGUUUUCAUAAAAUGCACGCUUUGAGACUUUUAAAAGCUGCGCACGAUGAAGAACUUUGGCUCAGGCGCCAAAAAAGAAAUGCGUCCAGACGGAGUUUAGAGACAAUCAAUGAAAUGCCGGAACAAUUGUUUCAGGAGCGUUUUAGGUUAAGUAAAAAAACUUUUAGCGAGCUUUGCUGCAGCCUACGUAACGAAACAAACAUACGGGGGACUAAAGAAAUUCCUUUGGAAGUAAAGGUUCUUUGCGCUCUGAGUUUCUUCGCAACGGGAUCCUAUCAGAGAAUUGUGGGUGUCACACAACAUUUGCCACAACGCACUACAAGUAGAUGCAUUAGGCAAGUUGUGGAGGCACUCAACAGUCCUCGGAUAGUGAAAAAAUGGAUAGUUUUCCCUCAAACACACCAAGAAAGAACAAGAAUUCGACAAGAAUUUCAAAGGAAAUUUCAAUUGCCAGGGGUAAUUGGAUGCAUAGAUUGCACUCACAUAUCAAUUGUAAAACCCCACAUAGAUGAACAGAAUUAUUUUAACAGAAAAGGAUACCAUUCCUUAAAUGUGCAAAUGAUAUGUGAUGAUAAUUUAAAGAUUAUCAAUGUCAAUGCAAAAUAUGGUGGAGCCACGCAUGAUUCCUUCAUAUGGUCAUCCAGUGAAGUGGAACCAUACAUGCGUGGACUUCACGAAAAUGGUGAAUUGACGUGGCUAUUAGGUGAUUCUGGAUACCCACAGAGAGCGUGGCUGAUGACACCAAUUUUAAAUGCCGAACCAGGUUCUCGAGCAGAGGUGUACACUACACGCCAUUUACAGGCACGCAAUUGUAUUGAACGAUGUUUUGGUUUAUUGAAGGCUCGUUGGAGAUGCUUGCUGAAGCAUCGUACACUCCAUUACCAUCCUCGUGUUGCCAGUGAGGUAACUAUUGCAUGUUGUGUUCUGCACAAUAUUGCACUGGAUGCUAAAUUACCUCCCCCUAAUAAUAUGGCUGAGCAACAAGAGGAUGGUGAUGAACCGAGUGUUGGGGUUGGACCCAUUUCCAGCAACCAAGAUGAGCUGAUGAGUGGCAGAAUAAUGCUAAAUAAUUUAGUUAAUAGAUUAGUUUAGUAGGUUAUUUUUGUAUUUUUGUAUUUUUUAAAGUGUGUUGUGUGUAGUUUUAAUGUGUAUUACUUUUAAACCUAAUUCAGUAUGCCUGACCAAGUAGUUUUGUAUAAUAUUUUUUCGCUCCUAAAACAUUAUUUUGUUUACCUACACAGAUUUAAAUAAUGAAACUGCAUUAGUUACAGUAUAUAUUAAUCCUUUUAAAGUUUCUGAUAACUGCUCAUAUUUUAGUGCAGGUCAUAGGUGAAAAAAUUGAUCAUUGUUGCAGCCUCAACCUGUUUUUUAUAUUUUUAAGUUUGUUAAUUUUUAUUAUUGUAUUUUUUGUUAGUAUUUAAAAAAGUGUGUACUGAAUUAAUGGUGGUAUAAACUACUUAACUAAUUAAGUAAUAAAAUAUACUAUUAUUAUGUA